AACAGCAUUCACUCCCUACAGUCAAUUGCUGUUGAACAUGAGCGGUUGGGUACAAUGGCUAGCUGACGUUGUCAUGGGGUUGUUCUUCAUUUCGAGUCCGUUGACGUCGUAUGGUGACAUGAUAUGGUCAAUUAACAAGAAACGGUCGUCACAAGGAUUCAGUAUCGACAUUUGCGGAAUCAUGUUGGUGUCGAGUAUCCUCCGAGUACUAUUCUGGUUCGGAAAGCCGUUUGAGACGAGUUUGUUCAUUCAGGCUAUCGUCAUGAUUUUUACUCAGCUCGUCCUCCUCAAAUCUGUGUUAGAUUACCGACCAGCGCAUUCCUCUCAUUGGGACGGCUGGCGCCGUCCCUUCGACCUCUGGCAAUGGCGCCGUGCGCAAACGUACUGGGAGUUUUUGGGCGCCUUCGCCGCUUCCGUGAUCCUCCUCCAAAUCCUCCUCGGCUGGAUCCCCUCCUACAUCGAACUAAUCGGCUUCCUCGCCCUCGGUAUCGAAGCAACCCUCCCAAUCCCCCAAGCCUACACAAACUACCGCAACAAAUCUUGCCGCGGUUUCCGUCCCUCUGUCCUCGUCGCCUGGAUCGGCGGAGAUAUCUUCAAGACCUCGUACUUUUUGUUUGGGAAGCCGAUGGCGUUGCAGUUCAAGUUGUGUGCGGUUAUCCAGACGAUUUUUGAUUUUACGUGUGCGUUUCAGUAUUUUUGGUACGGGACGAAGGAGGUGGUGCAUGUUGAUGGGAGUGGGGGGACGGAGUUGCCGACAGUGAAUAAUACAUACAAGGACACUGUUGAGACUGUCUAA